CUUUCCGCGGUAACAUGUGCACAAUGCACAUGCAUUUUUUGUAAUUGGUUGGUCAUGUCAUCAGGAAGCUGGAGCCAACAGUCCGGAGUAGAUAGGUUAUGGUAGCUCUUCGCAAGACCUUGGAAUUUAGGAGUGCUAACGAAAUAUGACUGAACGUGCUUGCGGUAUCGUUACAAAUGGCCAUCACACUGAUAUCGUUUUAAAAUCCUACAGCAAUCGCACACUGCUGAUUGUAACGCACUUUAAAAAGUUCGGGACGUUAUUGACGAUAAAUCGUGAAUCCGCUGUGAAUGGUUACAAUAGCGAUGUAUUCUCGAUAAAGACAGUUUUUGGCAGCGACAACAAUGACGUUCAUGUAGCCGCUAGAUACAUAGCACAACAAAUAAACAUUGAGAAACCGUUACUACUGUCAAUAGCACUAAAAGAUUAUAAUCUGGAGACCUUGAAAUCCAUCGUCGCUGCUGUAAAUCAGAUAAAAUUAUAGUAAUCGGUGAAUCACCAUGAGCUUAAUCUUUGGUCAACUUGUUAUCGGCCCACCCGGCAGUGGGAAAACAACGUAUUGCAAUGCAAUGUCCAAAUUCUUGGAGUCUAUUGGAAGAAAAGUGGCUGUUAUUAAUAUUGAUCCGGCAAACGAAAAUAUGGAGUACACUCCAGCGGCAGAUAUAUCUGAAUUAAUUAAACACGAAGAGGCCAUGACGCACUGUGAACUUGGACCAAAUGGAGCUUUAAUUUACUGCAUGGAAUUCUUGGCAAUCAACGUCAAAUGGCUUAUCACAAAAGUCUUGAAUUUAAAAGAUCAUUACCUUAUAUUUGAUUGUCCUGGUCAAGUUGAAUUAUAUACGCAUCAUAAAUCGGUGAGCCAGAUAGCCGAGGAAUUGAAUCAGAAUUUAGUGAGAUUAUGCAGCGUGCAUCUUGUGGAUUCGCAUCAUUGUAGCGAUCCUGGAAAAUACUUGUCCUCUCUAACUCUUUGCACAACGGUGAUGUUACAAAUAGGUUUGCCUCAUGUAAAUAUCAUGACAAAGUUUGACGAGAUGAAAAAGUUCAGCGAUCACCUAGCAUUCAAUAUAGAUUACUACACCGAAGUACUAGAUUUAAAGUAUCUCUUGGAACGAUUGGAUGAAGAUCCCUUUACUGCAAAAUACAAAAAACUUAAUGCUGCACUGGUAUCAAUAAUCGAGAACUACAGUCUUGUCAGUUUUAUACCAUUGGACGUUAACAACAAAGCCAUGUUGCUACAAGUAAAGAACGCGGUGGAUAAAGCCAAUGGAUAUGUUUUCGGUGGUAAUGAACCGCGAGACGUUCAAACAUUACUCGCAUGUGCGGUAGGGGCAGUCAGUGAAGCUGAAAAAAUGUCAACGUUCGAUGAAUAUUUAUAAACGAUCUCACUUUGGAGUAAUCCUCAUGAAAUACAUCCAUACACGUAUUUAUGUAAGAAUAUCUUGAUGUAAUUUUUAUUAUGUUUAUAAAUAAUAAAUGCCGUGUAGUUGAGUACUCUUAU